AUGUCCAAUCCUGCUCUUGCUUCUGCUCUUACCUCUUCUCUUGGCCCCCUUCCUUCACCUCCUUCGCUGGUCAGUCCAGCACUCCCAUCUUCGACAAACACAAACACCGAAAACGAACCGCCAUCAGUUGCACGACGACCAACAUUACAUUUCCCUUCCUUGCAUCUCGGAUCCUUUGAUACUCUGUCAACCACUCAACCUUUUCCGCCUGUUGCUUCCUCCUCUUCAGCUUCACCAUCCCGACGUGAAUUUGGGGGUAAUUUAGUGAUAACAAGUGGGGACGCUAGUCCGAGUUCAGGUGGAACAUCACCUAUGGGGAAUCACGAACAGGCUCGAGCUGGAAGCAGCCACAGUGUUAGCGUCGAACCAACUCGUUCCUCAUCAUACUCAUCACGAUCAUCUUCCCAUCGUCUACACAAAGGUUCAAUACCGCCUCCGCUUCCACCGCCCACAAUGGCUUUACCUCCAUUGCCUAUCCUGUCACCGAUCUCUCCUAUAGGUCCUCCCGCUUCGCCCUUAUCUUACGCUUCAAAAGGCAUUCAAUCGACAGUGUUUCAGCCUCGGUCCACCUCAUCGUCCUCGUCAUCUCUUGCUCAACCGCAACUAGCGGGCGAAGGUCGCAGGGAGUUACCAAAUGUGCCAGCGAGGAACAGGUCUUUAGGACAUUCAUUGACCAUUCAGGUACCCGGUCCCAGCCCCCUGACACCCUCACCCACGGAUCAAGAAGGCAAUCCACUUCCUUCACCUAUCCUGCGGAACUCACCUGGUGUAGCUAGGCGGCGUACUGUCAUUGAAAAUACCAAUACCAACCUAGGCUCACCGGUCAGAGUAUCUGGAUUUACGGGUGCAGGGCAUAUGACGCCUCCUAGAGAUUCAUCGCCUACAAGAGAUAACAAAUCGCCUCCCAUCGAGCGGGGGUCAAUCCUCAUGCCUCAACCUCGCCCCAGCCCUGCCAUCGAACAGACGUCAACCAUGGAAACUCCACGUCGGUUGGAGAAGAAACGGUCUUCCACAGAUCUCAAAAAUGUGAAUGCAUCGCCUUCCUCACCAUCGGCAAAAAGAUCGCUACCACGUCCACCCAAGAUCGAUACCACGUUAUCAUCCCAGCCAUCCAAUUCCGAUUUACAACAGACUGUUGGUCCUACAUCGCAAAUGCAGACUGCUAUGCCAUCGGAUUUAGCUACUGCGCCUCAUUCGCGUCCACAACAAACUGCUGUGCCAUCAGCUCCCAUAUCCAUGAAUGACCCACAGCAAAAACCCAAUCUUACUUUACCUCUCACCGCUCCUGUUCCCUCAUCGUCGUGGCCCCCUCUGAAUAUAGCUCGAUCACCCACAUCGUCCAGACCUCCCAACAUACCCGUUGAACCAUCAGCUAAACCUGCUUUCUACCAGAAACACCAAGCGAACAAGUCAGCUUCGUCAUUGCCUGUCGUAGCGGGUUUAGCAGAUGCAGGACCUUUCGCAGGAGCUUUCACCAAACCGAUUCAAGCUUCGCCUAAGGGCGUGGGAUUAGGAAGACCCAGUAAUCAACUAUCGACCACUGGACAAGGUAGAGGGCCCAGUAUCAAGCCGCAAGAGGAGAUCUGUCUAGAGUGCAUGAUGCGAGAUAGGGAUUUAGCAGAUGUGGUCGUCUCAGGUGAAGGCGUAUGGGAGAGAGAGAGUGAUGGUGAUUGGAGAGAGCUUGAAUGGAAAGAACAAGCGAUACUCAAAUCAAUGGGUAAUUUAGAUGACAGUCCAUCUUUAUAUCGGGAAUUGGUGAAAGCUGCAGAUGAAAUGAGCCAAGAAUCCGAUUCGACUUCUUUCAGUCCACCGUCGACUGGGAAUUCCACUGAGGAUGCUCACCUGAGGAGAGAAUUUGAUGCGAGAAAGAAAAGAAGAUCUCUUAUUAGAGCAAAGAAGAGAGAAGCCGAUUGGAGGAUCGCAAAAGAAGUAGGAUGGAGAGGCCAUAAAUGGGAACAAGGUGAAUCAGGAGAAGGACUACCUAGAGGUUUUAGAGGAACCAAUGGAGGUAAAUUGACGGAAGAAGGUAUCAAAGCUGUCAUGACCAAGUUCCCCUCUGCCUCUGCACAUCGAUAUCAAACUCUCCAAACAUACCUUCGUCAACAGUGGCAUUUGGUCCAGGAAGUACGCGCUCAGGCUCAACGACUUGGCCGAUUCCCUUUCCCAGACGAUAUCAUCGGUUCUUCGUCCACUGUAUCUAGUCACGAAGCGCAGGCUAACCCUCGAGGAGCUCAACCUAGCCAUUUGUCCUGGGACAAACGCGGAAGGGACAUCAACGAUCAAAUGCGGGGUGUUCAGACUCUCAUUCAAGGUACACCUUCACUCUCGGUCGUUCGACCUAGUCCAUCUUCACCUGCCAAUUUGACGGCUUUGGCGAACCCACCGAGACCUGCACCCAUUCAACGACCCCUCACUCAUUUCUUACCCGAUAGGGAACCGUCUCUUGGCACACCUAGAACCCCUCUCUAUGCUUCUCCUGUUUCUGCAACUCCUCGUAGUCGCCAUGGCAAACAAGGCUCAUCGCCUGGUCUUCUCGAACGCCAAGGUGCGUACGAAGAGAGCAAUGAAGAGCUCUGGUCUCCUGGCGAAGAAUCUGGUGCUGGCCUGAGACCGUUCUCAUUUGCUGUCCGAGCAGGCGCGGCUGCUGGUAGAGAUGGGGGCAGUGAUGGACAUGGUGGAAGAAGGAGUCUAUGGGGUAGAUUUGGCGGAAGUGUCACGAGCUUUUUCGGGGGCAGUCAGAAUGGAAGUGGUAGUAUGAUGGAUAUGCACCUUGGCUUGGACAACGAGCGAAGAAAUCGUUCAUCAUCGUACAACGUCAAUCCCCACCCUCGAGCUGUCUCCAUGGCGUCUCCUACUCGACCUUCAUUCUUCAGUCGAGAUUCUCGAUGUUCAUCCGAUGUUGACGUGACUAUGCCCCGGAUGUCACGAGCUAUCAGCCAUUCGCGCUUAUCCCAGAUGCGACUCGAUGAUGGAGAAGAUGAAAAUGAAGAGGAGAAGCCCAAGAAGAAGGGCAUCAAGGGAUUCUUCAAGAAGAUGAAACCGAAGGGUGCAAGGACCAAAUCAAAGUCUGAUCUUCUUGCCAGACCUGACGAUGAGCAUAGGAAUGAACAAACCCAACCUGAUACACCUUUAGCUCCCCCACCACCUCUCUCUUAUCUCGUCGGAAACCGUAAACACAACAGGAACAGGAGUGGUUCUUCAUCUUCUAUGCUGACAGAUGGGCAAGAAUCGACUCAAAGUAGAAGAUAUUCAGGCUCGCUACCAUACGCUAUGAGAUCGGUCUCGGCACCUAUGCACGGUGCAGCUUCGUCCUCAGGUGGAAGUCUAUCAGCCAGUCCAACUAGCUCAAAAUUCGCUACGUCUGGCCCAGGGAAGAGAGAGAGCUAUGCGUCAAACAGAAGGAGAAGUUUCGGAGUGAACGAAUUGGGCGAACCGCUAGAACAACCCGGUGGUGAUAGGAGACAAUCCGGCAUGGAGAUGCUUUCGGGUAAUGGAACGAUGACCAAUGGUAGAGGACCCUACUCUUCUCCAGACACUUCGACCAUAUACGAUGAGCCUUCAAGUAUGUACAAGAACAACACUGGUCUUAAUUUCAGACCGCAUAACAAGACGACCUCGAGUUUAUCGAACUCAAGUGGCACCAUGGCGAUUGAAACUCCCCCUUCUGCCCUAUACAAUCCUUCGUCAUUCUUCAACCAACAACAACAGCAGCAAUUACAACAGGUCGCAACGAUCCCUCCGAUGGACAAUAAGCCAAUUGUGCGAUCUCCUUCUGAACAACUGUCACCAAACAGGUUCAAGAAUCUCCCGCCUUUACCUCCCGGGCAAGAAUCAGGACCGGGGGUUAGUGGUAUUGGUAUGACAGGUUCACCUGAUUCGUUUGCGGCUGCUUUCCCUGAUCAGGAGAUCAAUUUGGUCGGAACGAUACAUGAUCCGAAAUACUUGGCCUCCAGUGGUGUUGGAUACCCUUCAGCAAAGGGAUUGAUCGAUUUCUCCACACCCAUAGUUGGAUCACCCAAUUCAAUGAGGUAUCAAAAUAGUCCCAAUAAUAGGAUGAAUCAAUACAAUGGAUACCCCCAACCACCCCAUCUGCAAAUCAACACUAAUCAGAAUGCUCAAUACCCCUCGGCUCAUGCUAGAGCAUUAGCAACUGGCAGGGCAUCAUUCGACCAACCUUCGCCCCGAGCUAGAGUCGGCGGUGGGAAUGAACGGGUAGUCAAAACGAUGUAUGGGCAACCGCUGAUGGAUGAUUCUUCCAUGAUGAUGGGCUCGGAAGGUCAAGGGGGUUUUGUAAGGGAUGAAACGAAGAAGAAGAAAGGGUUGAAAGGGUUUUUCGUAGGGAGCAAAGCUGGUAGAAUGGCUUAA